UGGUUAAGAAAAUGCAUUUUUACUCAAGGAAUGGUCUCAUGUGGCUGAUUUCUUCCAGGAAGGAUGAGGGGCUAACAGUGUGUAGGAUGAGUCAUCAUGUUGCAACUGCCCCCCCCCCCCCCCCCCCCUUAUUGCUUUGCACAAUCAACACAAACUUUUGCACUGAUACAGCUGACAUGACUGCGAUCAAGUCCAACCCUGUCCUUAAUUAUCCAGUAAAUAUAAUGUUACAUAAAAUAUAUUUCAUGGCUUCACUUUAUCUGUUUUGUUUGUAGUGAGUGUUUACUAUCAUGAUUCUAAUCUAAAGAUAUUAUAUAAACGGAAAAUUAUCAUUAUUAUUAUUAUUAUUGAGUGUUUAGCCCUUAGGUGUGAUAUUGAAAAUGCUCUCAGUGUGUGAGGGGUUAACGCACUUCUGAAAGUUACUUGCUUAUAGGCCAUGUGAGGAAUAAAAUCAAACACACACACAAACAACUAGAUCUUGGUGUGACCAUCUAGUGACCUUUCCACUAUCUGUCUUGAUUCUUUUGGAGGAACAAAUAGAAAUAAAAGUAAAAGUAAAGUGUUACUGAGGUCUGUUCUAGUGACCAGACAUCCGUGGAUUCAUCAGGAAUAUUGUGUUGGAAUAUACACUUCAGUUAAAGCUGAAAAAUAUCCCAUUGACCUUAGUCUCAGAUCAAAGGUCCUCUAUAUGUUGUUUAAAACAAUAUAUUGAAGGUGUGUGUUGGGGUGGGGGGGGGAUAAAGAUGUGCAUUCUUUAUUUUUCUGUGUACAAUGAACUUCUCACUGACAUAAAUCACAACAACCUGCUAACUUCUUGCUCUUGGUUGAUUGAGAUCUGUGUCUGAAGUCUUCAGUGAUUAUGUCUGGAUGAAACUCUGAUCACAACGCACAGAAACAACAGGUCACACAUUUACUCUGUUUUCUUCAGAACAGAACCCUGAGCUCUGAUCAUUUAAAUUAGUUGUAGGCAAAAUAAACUAAUAUGCAUCAGACUCUGUAUGUCCUUAAAGACUUUAUAUACCAGUAAAACAGUUGAAGACAUUGAAGCAAAUAAAUCAGUGGUAAGAAAAACACCAUAAAUGACUAAUAUCCCAUAUGAAGAGUCAUAAUUAACCAGCAUAUUAUUUACCUUACAGAGACUGACGUUAUCAACAGACAAGGAUAAUGGAACGGAGAAAGAUUGUGCUUCUUGGGAAAACAGGAGAUGGUAAAAGCAGCGCUGGCAAUACAAUUCUUGGAAAGAAAGUGUUCCCCACUAAAGCUUCAGCUAAUUCUGUAACAGAUAAAUGUGUACGUGCAGACGGGAAGCUCAAGGGAAGAAAGAUCACAGUGAUCGAUGCACCUGGAGUCUUUGACACAAAUCGUGAUAACAAGGAGAUAAAAUCUGAGAUCCUCAAAGCUCUGAUUGAAUGCUCUCCAGGCAUCGAUGCUUUUGUCAUGGUCCUAAAGGUCGGAAGAUACACCAAACAUGAAAAUGAGGUGGUACAGGAAAUCCUGAACACUUUCAAAGAUGAACACGUCUUGAAACACACAGUGAUCUUAUUCACUUUUGGUGAGCAACUAGAAAACCAAACCAUUGAAGAGUUUGUGAAGACCAGUUCACAGCUUCAGCAGUUGGUUGCUAAAUGUGGAGGUCGCUGUCACGUCAUCGACAACAAACACUGGAACAACUUUAUAUGGAGGAAGAAGAACAAGGUUCAGGUGAAAAAUCUGCUAAAGACCAUCGACAAGAUGGUGGAAGAGAACGGCUGCUACAGCAAUGAGCUUCUUCAGAAGUUGGAGAAAGAGAUUCAAGAGGAAAUGAAAAAUAAUAAGAACAUGCCUCCAGAAGAGCAACGAGAAAGAGCAAAGAAAAUUGUUCAUGAAAAACUUAUGAAGCAAAUUACAGGAGCAUUAACAGGGGCACUGAUUGGUGCUUUUCUGGGUGCAGGUGUUGCAUUAGCUUCAGUUGUGGCUGUAUUACAAGCAAUUUGCCCUUUGAAAGAAUUGUUAAGAGACAAGGUAGCAGCUGCAGUUUUGGGUACAGGAGCAGUGGCAGGAGGAGCAGCAGCAGCUGUCGAGGCUGUGGUCGCAGGAGGCACAGCGGAAGCAGGAGCAGUGGCUGGAGGUGCCAAAGCAGCAGCGGGUGCAGGGGUUAGUGCAGUUUCGAUCUCUGCAGGUGUUCUUGGAGUCGCAGCUGUUGUAGGAGCUGUUGAAGGAGGAAUCACUGGAUGGAAAGCAGCAGAAGAAGCUGAUUCAGUGUGUGAUGCCAUGAACAAGGCAGGAAAGGCUAACUAUGAGAAUGCAACAACUGCAGUUGAGAAAAUACAAGAAUUAGUUGCUUUUGCUUUAAAUAAAAAAAACAUAAAUACAUGUUGAAAAUACAUAUUUUCCUGUAAAUUAGUAAACCAUAUUUAAAGCAUGCAAACGUUUGCCUUAAAAAAAAAAAAAAAACAAGUAAAGUGAAAUAAGAAAAAAAUUAUAUAUUAAUUUGUACCAAUUAAGGCUUAUUUAGUGUUUUUCACUUACACACAAAUUCUGAUAAAUCAAAAUUAGUAUUUUUUUUUUUUUGUAUUAGUAUUUUUAACAAAUAAAAGAUUGAGUGCUAUAUAUUAUGUGCAUAUUUUAAACAGCAAAUUUAUUUAAGUUGAUUUGACAAAUGACCAAUCCUGCAUAGCGACGUCACUACAGGCUUUCUACAGCAUUAUUUGGCAUGGUUGGAAGAUUUCCAGGCUAAGAAUGGUUUGUAAUUUGAUAAUUUCUUUAGGAACAUUUUGAAUUGUCCGAGUUUUGGGUUGAAAGACUUUCAAAAGAGGAACAGGAAGUAAUUUCUGUUUUCAUAUAGCGACAGUAACACAUAGAUGGGUUCCUUUUAAAAACAGUGCAAGUUUUACCUGGAUCUUCGUCUUUCCUUCCUCAAAUUAACUGAGACAAAUGGCAGCAAUACAGAAAAUAAUAAACUGUUAAUCUAUG